AUGGAUUUUGAGCCGCCCGUUGACCCCUUUGAGCUUGAUGUUCUUCAAGAGCCCAUAUUCUUUGCGAUUGAUCCCAUCAAACCCCUGGAGAAGUAUUCGUGGGACGACGAUCUAGCAGACCUUACGCCGGGGCUUUUUGAAAACCCCCUGCACCUACUCAAAAAUGAUGGGCCGGAAGUGCACACGCUGAAUAUAUUUGGCGACGAGAAACUGGAAGAUGCAUCCCCUUCAAGCGUGGCUGGUUCUUCGUCCAGUUCUGCACAGAAUGACACCCAGGAAGAGAGCGAUGGCGAUGACUCUAGUGAGGACAUAUGGUCACUAGAUAACAUUUCAGCAUCUCCCACCGUGGGCUAUGAAUUAAGAUCCUGGGACGUAUUUCCGGACACCUGGAAAGAACAAUCUCUCCCCACCUGUCUAAGUGAAGCUGGACCCCGUGGAUUUGAUGCAGCAUUAAGCUAUCAAGCGACGAAGACCGGUCUGGAAAAUUCCGGGCGAGUCGCACGAACAGACGUUGUCGUUUCUUCACUCUUUAAGCUUGGACUUGGCUGGAACUCCGUAUUUUUUCGAUACAAUGAGCAGUCGCGAAAGUUCGAGAAGCAUAUUAGAGACGUCCGCGUUUCUGGCAUCAGCUUGCCUGCACUAGAUGGACUGGCCGAGGGUAUUCUAGAAUGCGGAACGUGGGUGCGGAAACUUCGACGGUUCAUUGCUACUAUCCCAACCCAGUGUGGCGCACCUCAUUCCGUGGCUAGUCUUUCUCGAGUGGUUUUCAUAUUACUGUUUAGCAUCGAAGACCAGCUUUCUGCACGAGCAAAGACCAACCCAACACUCCUCCAGACGCAGCUAUAUUUCAGGCGGAUAGGUUGUCUCAUCAAAUGUUUGGUGGAUAUCGUCCAGAACGCGGCCAAUCUUACAACUGAUGCAGAAGUUAUAUCGAUUAUUUUCGCAAAAUGUGAACAGUACUCACAUCAACACUUGUGGCUUGCCAGUAUAUUCCAUGAAAUCAUGGGUACCACUGCCAGCUUAUGGCUUUACCGUGUGGCUCAGUGGAUUGGUCUACGGCCGGCUGGCGGGCACUUUAAUGCACCUGGUAAUAGCAAAGACAAAAUCAUGCCAAGGCAGCAUUCACAGGAAUUUGAUCCUGGAUACAUCGAUGAAUAUACCACCGAAGAAACCACAUUUAGCCCUAAUUCGAUGCCAAGUUUCAUCACACACGAAGAUGCAGAGGUCAUAUAUGAGACAGGAACCGGCCUGAAUCUCCUAAAGUCGUCCCACAAAGGCCAUCCGCUUGCCGAAGUGCAUCAGAAGGAAAAUACGUCCUCCUUGUCGCUGGAGUGGGGGCUUACAUGGGAAGAUAUCGAUAAGAUUCAGCUCAAAGCCAGAAGCUACGAGGCUUGUCUUCGCGAUGAGAUUUUGAAGUAUAACAAUGCCAUUAAAAGACCGGGUUCUGAAAGUGAUAAUACGCCAAAGGAGUAUAUCUUAGACCGCCUACAGAAGGAUGAUUUGUCCAUCGAUGCUAUCUAUAGAAUUGCCGACCUUGAGUCUUCUCCGGGCUCCUCAGGAGAAAGGGAGGAGGAUUGCCCAGUGAGAUCGAGUAGGCUCUACAAGCUGGUAAAGGACGGCCCAUGUGUCGAUGUUGAAAAGAGCAUUAUUGCAGAGCACACCUUUGGCCCGCCGCUGGAAUCUGCUCUAUCCUUAUUCUUUGCUCCCGUUAUCUCAGCGCAAAGUCGACUGGUGAACUUUUCGUGUCUCCAUCUCUUGUUCAAGGUCCACAAAGUUAGAGAUCAUCUGAAACUCCAGGAACAAUUCCAGUUGCUCGGCAAUGCCGAGUUCUUACUACGCAUAUCUCUCGCCCUUUUUGACCCGGAUAUGCACAGCGGUGAACGGAAAUCUGGCGUUGCAAGAGGCGGUUCGUCCACUGGUCUGCGUCUUGGAAACCGGAAUACCUGGCCCCCCGCGAGUUCUGAGCUUCGUCUCGUUUUGACUGGGUUGCUAGCUGAGUGCUAUGCCGGUAAUAAGAAGGGGGAUCAUCACCUGGGUGGCUCCCGAGAGUUACCUGGCGGUCUUAGUUUUUCUAUCCGAGACCUUACCGGAGAGGAGCUGGAGAGAUGCAAAAACCCGCGUUCGCUUGAAGCACUUGAUUUCCUUCGAAUACAAUAUACCCCGCCCUCACCGUUGGAGGAAGUCAUCACUCCUCGUAGCCUGGAGCAAUAUGACAUGAUAUUUCGGCAGUUGCUGAGAUUAAUACGGAUGCUCUCCGUUGCGCGUGAUCUGGUUCGGGGCCCGUCAGGGUCACGGAACAGAAGAAGUCAGGGAACACUAGACCAGAGAUUUCGCUUGGAAGCAUUCCACUUCGUCCAAGUGGUUAGCGACUACUGCUUCCAGGUCGGAAUCCAGCAUUCAUUGCAGAAUUUCGAAAAGAGACUGUCAAAGAUCGAAAAGUGCAUUGACGCCGGCGAUGUAGAGGGCACCAUCAUGCAUGCGAAAGGGCUUCGUCGACUGAGAGAAUACCAUGAAAGGGUGCUCGAUAGAAUCAUCUACGCUCUAUUUUUAAAUAAGAGCCAAGCUCAAGCUCGGAAGUUGUUGGAGGACGUUCUCCGAAUCAUCCUUGCGUUUUCCUUCCAUGUCAAAGCUUACGAAGAGCGAGUCGCGAUGGCCAUGGCGGAUGGUGAGAUGCCAACGUCGAAAACAACAGCAUUCUACGAACGAUCUAUUCACGAGUUAUACGUGCGGUUUAAAAAGCAGGUUAGCGGGUUUAUCCGCUUCCUGCGCGGCCUCGAGGUCGUGGGCGGUGUUAAGAAUAUGACCGAUCGCGAUGACCUGGGUGAUGCGGCAACCGAUAUGGACGGCAACGGAACCUUUGAGCACCUGCUAUUACGACUUGAUAUGAAUGAAUUCUAUAGAUAG